GAUGAUUUGUUUUAGGAUUUAGAUGUAUGAUCUAGGUGUAGUUAGGAUUUAGGUAAGAUUUAAGUGUAUGACGUAAGGAUUUAGGUUCAUUUAGGAUUUAGGUAGAAUUGAAUAUUAAGGUGCAUAUAUGUUUUUAGGAUUUAGGUUGAUUUAGGAUUUAUGUGAUUGAUAUGUCUUUGUUGUCCAUUUAUGCAGAUAGACAAUGUCAGGUAGAGAUAAAGAUAUUGUAUGGGAACAUGGUGAAAAUUUUUAUCCCGGAUGGCGGUGCAAGUAUUGUAAUACGCAGAAAGCAGGAGGUGGUGCGACUAGAUUGAAACAACAUUUGGCUCACCGCGGGGCGGAGGUGGUCCAUUGCAGGAAUGUGCCGCCAGAUGUGCGGGAGUAUUUUCAGCGUGACAUUGAGAAGGCUAGGAAGGCAACUGCUGAACGGGCUCGAGAGAGGUUGAGACGGGAGAAGGCUGCAGCGGAGGGAAACUAUCCCGGUGAAGAAGAAGAUGAGGAGACUCAGCUGCAGCGUGCCUUGGACCAAUCGAGAGCGGAAGCAGUGUACCGACGGGGGGUGGAACAGAGAGGAGGUGUAUACGAGCAUGGAGGGGAUAGUGGUUCGACGAGGGGGAAUCCUUUGCAGAGGAUGUUGCGUAGGGCAACUUCGCAGAGGGAGAGUCCUGCGGUGAAGGAUUAUAACGUGGCAUCCGGUGGGAGAAGAGGAAUGACCCAACAAAGAAUUGAUACAGGCUCCUGGACGCAGAAGGGUAGAAAUGCAAAGGAAGCUAUUGGUAAAGCUUGGUCAAAGUUUUUCCAUUUUGCGGGAGUACCUGGAAGACAGGCUGACAAUCCUUACUUUGUCAGCGCGGUCAGGGAGACACAGAAGUGGGGUGAAGGUAUCGCAUCACCAACUGGACGGGAUAUUGAUGGCAAGUACCUUGAUCAGAACGAGCAAGACUUGAAGACGAGGUACGUAAAGUUUCGGAAAGACUGGCCCUUAUUUGGCGUCACGUUGAUGUGUGAUUCAUGGACUGGGCCGACGAGGAUGAGUGUCAUCAACUUUUUGAUAUACUGCAAUGGAGUCAUGUGGUUCCACAAGUCUAUUGAUGCGAGUGGAAGAACUCAAGAUAGCACAUAUUUGCUUAGAGUAGGCCCUAAACAUGUCCCAUUCACUUUGAGUAUAUUUUGA